CACAAUUAAACUCCAUCCCCUCACUCCUCAUCACAUAUCAAAACUCUCAACAAUGGAGAGAAAAACAAGCACAUCUUUCCUUCUCUGCAUUCUUUUCUCCUUGCUUCUCUUUGAUCACUGCAUUUGUAGAACUACUCUUCAGGAUUUCUCAAGCCAGAAGACAUACUACACUUCUCCUGAUCCUCACCACUCUUCUCCUCCUCAUCCACAUACACACAGGAGGAAGCCUUCAUGUGGGAGUACACCACCUCACAACUACGGUUCACCGCCACACCGGAGUAGUGGUGGCGGUCAUGGUGGUGGUGGCGGCUACUACAACUCACCUCCAAGCUCAAGUUACACACCCACUACUCCACCAUCUCCAAUUCUUGGUCCAGUUACACCAACACCCACAACUCCAAUCAUCUCCACACCUCCUUCUCCAGUAUACAUUGAUCCUGGCACACCCACAACUCCAAUCAUAUCCACACCUCCUUCUCCAAUAUACAUUGAUCCUGGCACACCCACAACUCCUAUCAUCUCCACACCUCCUUCUCCUAGACCAUUUGAUCCUAGCUCUCCUCCAUACUACCCUGCACCUUGCAGUUACUGGAUUACACACCCAGCGGCAAUAUGGAGUUUAUUAGGAUACUGGGGGACGGUAGGUGGAUUUUUCGGAAGUAGCUUAGCUUAUGGGAAGGAUCUCACGUUGCAUCAGGCAUUGUCAAAUCCUAGAACUGAUGGAAUUGGAGAACUCUAUAGAGAAGGAGCAGCUUCUCUUUUGAACUCUAUGGCUACUACUAACUUUCCUUUCUCUAGUGAGCAAGUGAAGGAUGCUUUUACUGCUGCUUUGGUUUCUCAGAAGGCUGCUGCAACUCAGGCUGAAAUCUUCAAGCUUGCUAAUGAGGGCAAGCUUAAGAAGAAGAAGCAUUAGAUGUUUUAAUUAUUAAAUGAAUAUUCCAUGCAUGCAUGCAUUUAUAUAUGUUGUGAUCUUUAGAUAUUAAUUUUGUCAUGUUUUUGGGUUUGUUGUAUGUGUGUGUGUUGUGAUGUUUUUAAUUUAGUGAUGUUGUUGUUGUUGUUGUUGUUGGUGUGAUCAGAGGGCUUGUAUAAGUUUGAUGUAUUGUAAUAUUGAUUGGUGAUGUUGGUCUUGUGAAUUAGAUUGAGUGUAAAUGCAUGGGUGUUAUUAUGUUUUAAUGAACUUUGAGAUUACUUUUUAAA